AUGAUUCUACCGGUCCAACCUCCGUCCAUCGGUGAUGCAAGUCUGUUCAAGUUCGAAACCCUGAUAGAUUCGCCCGCGGCCAUCAAGCUCAGGACGAUGACUAGCCUUCGUAGUGAGCUCAACUCACACCUUGUGAAUAGACACCCACCAAGCGAUGUACAGAAUGCUUGUGUGGAUUAUAUCAACGAUCUAUUAGCCUUAGCUGAGGUGUCCAAGACUGUCCCUUUCAAGAGGAAGUACACUAUACGAUGGCGAUCUGGCCUCACGCCUGAAGUGGUGGUAGAGCCGAGCGAAGAAAAGACGUCCACUCAAGCCAUCGGCAUCGAUGUCACGAUGACGCUGUUCGUGUAUGCGUGCUCUCUGCUCGAACAAGCUGCUCAACGAUUCGUAGUGGACUCGAGGAGCGGUGAGAUUCUCACGACGGGUCUCGAUGAGGUUGCUAAGAUAUGCAGCAAGGCCUCGACGGCAUUCCAGACAUGUCGGGACACCCUCACUACGAUGACCGCUGCCAUCCCCGAGCUGGACCCUAGAGUGCUUGGAGGCCUCUGCAGCUACAGUCAUCUAUGUGGUCAAAUCUGCGCUUUUGAAUUGGCUGCGAGCCGGUCGGGAUCGAGGAAUCUCCUCGCGAAGUUGGCCAUGCAGGUUGACGCAGAUGCUAUACCAGUACAAAAAAUGCUCAGGGGUUCUGAUGGACUUGGUCAUUUGAUCAACCAUGUGAUGGUGGUUGGUCCUAUGUAUCGGGCUAGGGCUAACACUCUUAUGGCCUCAGCAGAGUUCGAGGUGGAACACUUCGGUGUUGCCAACGCCUGGGCUGACCGAGCAAUGGCUGCAGUGAAGGAAACAGAAGCUGCCUUACACCAGGUAACGGCGCCGCAUAUGCGGCUCACUGUUGAGACUAUCAUCAAUAAAGUGAAGGUGGAGUGCGAGAAGAUUAUAAAGGAGAACAGGAUGGUCUAUUUCGAGCCUCCCCCUAAGGAGAUGCCGUCUAUAGUUCCUGUGAGCGCGAUCAAGCGUACUCCGCCCGGCGUACCAGUACGGGAGCUUCUGCAGCUGUACAAGACCCCAGUCCCCUUUGCUCCUGAGGAGUUCGUACUGAAUCGGAGUAACGUGUCGGUGUCCUCUUCUGGGGGCUCGGUAUCGGAUAAGUCGACUCAACACCUGAACACGCCCGAGACAUUGCCUCAAGUGCAGAUUUUUCCCAAUGCGAGCUCAGCGGCCAUGUAUGCUGCGAAUGGUAACUCUCAGAGUGGCCAGUUUAGUGGUGUGCAGACGACCCCCACCCGUUGA